UCUGGGGGUUGUAUGGGUCUUGGUGUUUGUAGUGGCUGCUUUUGCAGUUUCUGAUCUUAAUAUCACAUGUGAGGAAAAAUCUGUCACUGUGAUAUGGAAACUCCCCAAUGAGUUGGGUGUGCAGCCUUCUCGCCUCUUUCUGGGGAAGUGUUUGCCGACAAAUUUUUCAUCAGGCCCUGAUGGAGCUGUUGCGAUGUUCCAUGUCUCUUUAACUGAUUGCCAUUUCAAGCGGGUGGUGAGAGGGCACAAAGUCCUGUACAAGAAUAAGCUCACCUACAGACCUUUGGCAAAGCCAUUCCCACCCAAGUUGUCUUUCCCAGUUGUGUGCAUUUAUGACAGGCCUCCCCACUGGCAUCCCCAUAUGCCUAUCCUAUCCUCUGGAAGUGCCAUAGGCUUCGGAAGCCUACUUUUCUACAUGGGAAUCAUGAAUGAAAACUUCAGCGGCCCUGCCAGGUCUACAUCUUUCUUCCUCGGCUCCCGCAUUCCAAUCUGGGCUGCAGUGGAUCAGCAGGCUCACAUGCCCCUGGCUGUAUUUAUUGAAGAAUGUGUGGCAACAACAACAACUGACAUCAGGACUGCAAGCCAUGUGUACCCCUUCAUCACCAAUGGGGGAUGUCUUGUAGAUGGCAAAGCUGGAAGUUCAAAAUUCCUUCCCAGAGAUACAAAGUCUGAGAUCUUCCUUUCUCUACAAGCCUUCAAGCUUGGUGCUGGAGAAAAAGUGUAUAUCCACUGCAAGAUCACAGCAUGGGAUCCUGAGCUGCUGGAUGAAAACAGGAAGGCCUGUAACUACAUCAAAGAGCUUGAAGGUUGGGAGCUUCUGGAUGAUCCUACCCAAAGUGACCUCUGUAGAUGCUGUGACACUAGUUGCAGCAGCUGGAAGAGGAGUGCAGAACGGGAUUUCCGGAGUCUGAGCCAAAAUGCAGUCCUUGGACCACUGACUAUUGAAGAUGUGAAUCUUAAAUGAUCUAUUAGAAGGAAGAUCCCCCAAGUUACUUUCUGCAGGGAAAGUCUUGUCCAACACCCCUGUGCUGCAUAGAUUCUUGGUAUCAAAUAGUUGACGUGUCCAGCUUUUCUUCCAGAGAACUUCUGCAAUUGAAUUGUAUAUAGUAUAACUUGCUGACUUGACCUGCUGAAAAUGUUAACAUGUCACAGCUCAACUAAUGAAAUGAGAAUGACCAAAAAAAAAAAAAGCAUGUGUGGGGUACUUGAUUAAAUAUUUGCAACUCC